ACCUGGAUUCAGCCAUAUUCCCACUGCUCAACCGCACCGGCAGGCGCUUCAAACAGUCCAAAAACCGCCUGUAGUCCAUCGGAGCGCUGCCUCCCGGUUCUGACAGACAUUUUGGGUCCGACCGAGCCGGUUUCGGAGCUCCUUGGACCCGUCCCCGGACUGAUACACCGAGCUGCCGACAUGAAGCCGCGGCGGUCAGCCUGAGUCGACGCUCCUCCCGACGUCCCGAUUUCUGAGAGGAAAGUCCAGAUUGAGCGGAUUAAAGCCGAUGCGGAGCGCGGAAAGACACGGGCCUUCAGGCUGUUCGCAGCGACGGUAACCAGCGGAGACGCCCAGACUCACCGACAUCCCGGCGGCUCAAAAUGUCGGGAAUGUUUUCGCGGAGCUAACGCGCUAGCUAGCUGCUCGUAGCGGACUGGGCAGGAAGCGGAGCCUCGGCGGCUGUCGGUCCGGGCCGGUGGUGGGAGCUGCGGGAGUCCGGGUCGCGUGUCCCGGGGCAGGAUGUCGGCGCAGGAGCGGCUGAGGCGGCUGGAGGAGCUGCUGCUGGAGCAGAGGGAGGCUGGAUGUCUGAGCGUGGAGGCGCUGCUCGACCUGCUGCUCUGCUUCUACACCGAGUGCACCAACUCCCCGCUGAAGAGGGAGAAGCACGUCACAGACUUCCUGGAGUGGGUGAAACCCUUCACCUCCAGAGUGAAGGACAUGCGGCUGCACAGAGACGACUUUGAGAUGCUGAAGGUGAUUGGACGAGGAGCUUUUGGAGAGGUUGCGGUGGUAAAGAUGAAGAACACGGAGAGGGUUUACGCCAUGAAGAUCCUGAAUAAGUGGGAGAUGUUGAAGCGAGCUGAGACGGCGUGUUUUAGAGAAGAGCGUGACGUCCUGGUGAAAGGAGACAGUCAGUGGAUCACAACUCUGCACUACGCCUUCCAGGACGACAACCACCUGUACCUGGUGAUGGACUACUACGUGGGCGGGGACCUGCUGACGCUGCUCAGCAAGUUUGAGGAUCGACUUCCUGAAGACAUGUCCAAGUUCUACGUGGCAGAGAUGGUGCUGGCCGUCCACUCCAUCCACCAGCAGAACUACAUCCACAGGGACAUAAAACCAGACAACGUCCUGCUGGAUGUCAACGGUCACAUUCGGCUCGCGGACUUUGGCUCGUGUCUGCGGAUGAUGGAGGAUGGCACGGUUCAGUCCUCUGUGGCCGUGGGCACUCCGGACUACAUUUCCCCAGAGAUCCUGCAGGCGAUGGAGGACGGGAUGGGUCGCUACGGCCCGGAGUGCGACUGGUGGUCUCUGGGGGUCUGCAUGUACGAGAUGCUGUACGGAGAGACGCCGUUUUACGCCGAGUCUUUGGUGGAAACCUACGGAAAGAUCAUGAACCACGAGGACCGUUUUCAGUUCCCCUCCCAUGUGACUGACGUCUCGGAAGACGCCAAGGAUUUGAUCCAACGCCUGCUCUGCUCCAGGGAACGUCGGCUCGGACUCAACGGGAUCUCAGACUUCAAGAGCCACCCGUUCUUCAACGGGAUCGACUGGGACAACAUCCGGUCCUUGGAGGCCCCCUACAUUCCCGAUGUGUCGUCUCCCACCGACACCUCCAACUUCGAUGUGGACGAUGACGUGCUGAAGAACCCGGACAUCGCUCCUCCAGUGUCUCACACCGGCUUCACGGGGCAGCACCUCCCCUUCGUUGGCUUCACCUUCACCACCGAGAGCUGCUUCUCUGACCGCUGCUCCUUCAGCCGGGUGGCGCCGGAGGUCCGGCAGAAGGACGGGGUAGACGGGGGGCAGGACGUGGAGGCAUUUGAGAACAGGAUCCGCCGCCUAGAGCAGGAGAAACAGGAGCUGAACCGCAAACUGCAAGAGUCCACCCAGGCCCUGCAGACUCCAGCUCGAGGAGGAACUCUGACUCGAGACAAGGAGAUCAAGAAGCUGAACGAGGAGAUCGAACGGCUCAAGAAGAAGCUGGCAGACUCUGACAGGCUGGAGAACCAGCUGGAGGAGGCGGUCACGCUCCGACAGGACUACGAGAGGUCCGCCUCCAAGCUGAAGACCCUGGAGAAGCAGGUGAAGACCCUGAGGCAGGAAAAGGAAGACGUCCACAAGCAACUGGCCGGCUCGCUGGAGCAUCUCAGGAGUCAGACGAAGGAGCUGAAGGAGGCGCACUCUCUGAGGAAGGUGGCCAUUCAGGAGUCCUCCGACCUGUCGGAGCGGAUGUCCGAACUGCGCUCCUCCAAACAGCGUCUGUCCCGUCAGCUCCUGGACAAAGAGGAGGAGAUGGAUGUGCUCCGCCAGAAGAUGGACACCUUGAAACAGGAGAUACGCAAAACGGAGAAGAACCGUAAAGAGCUGGAGGCUCAGCUGGAUGAAUCGAAGGCGGAGGCGUCGAAGGAGAGGAAGCUGCGAGAAAACAGCGAGGUUUAUUCCAAACAGCUGGAAACGGAGCUGCAGAGCCUGAAGUCUCAGCAGGGUCGAGGAGUAGCAGCAGCAGCAGGAGCAGGAGGCGGCGGUGCGGAGUCUCAGCAGGAGCUGUCCCGUCUGAAGGCGGAGCUGGAUAAGAAGGUGCUCUUCUACGAGGAGGAGCUGCUGAGGAAGGACUCGGCCCACUCCACCGAGAUCAAAACCCUUCGCAAAGACCUGCAGGAGUCCGAGGGGGCGAGGCUCGCCACCAACAAGGAGCUGCUGCAGCUGCAAGACAAGCUGGACAAAGCUGUGAAGGACAGGCAAACUGAGAUGGAUGAGGCCGUGGCUGCGCUGAGGGUGAAACAUGAACGAGAGAUAAACCUGCUGACGGAAGAGAACCGUAAACUGACGGCUGAGAUGGACGAGUUGUGUUCCUUGGUGGACAAGUUGACGGCUCAGAACCGGCAGCUGAAGGACAACCUCGAGGAUAUGUCGGCCAAGAAGGAGAGCGUGGCCCACUGGGAGGCUCAGAUCGCAGAGAUCAUCCAGUGGGUCAGCGACGAGAAGGACGCUCGAGGGUACCUGCAGGCUUUGGCCACCAAGAUGACAGAGGAGCUGGAAACGCUGCGCACUUCCAGCCUGGGCACCAGACCUCUGGACCCGCUGUGGAAGGUCCGUCGCAGUCAGAAGUUGGACAUGUCGGCCCGCCUGGAGCUCCAGUCGGCUCUGGACGCGGAGCUGAAAGCCAAACAGCUGGUCCAGGAGGAGCUGCGCAAAGUCAAGGCUGCCAACAUCAACCUGGAGAGCAAGAUGAAGGAGUCCGAGGAGAAGAAACGGGAGGUGAUGGAGCAGCUGGACAGCCUGAAGAAGGAGAUGGAGGAGAGCCGCUCCCGCUCCGACAAAGGUCUGAAGCUUCCGGACUUCCAGGACCCCCUGUUUGCUUACUUCAACACGUCUCCUCUGGCGCCAGACCUCACCUUCAGAGCGUCACUUUGCUCCGCCUCCUCUCUGCUCGCCCUUUGGGAAGAACCCGGAGACUUCGAAACCACGUCUGUGAAAUCAGGGACCACGCCCUCCUCACCCUCCUUCACCUUCGAGAACGAGGACAACAAAACACAAUCAGUCCCUCCCAGCCCCUCCCCCACCUUACAGAGCUCAGCACUGACCGUGCCAAAGCCUAAAGCUCACCAGCUGAGCAUCAAGACCUUCUCCAGUCCUCUGUUCUGCUCCCACUGCUCCUCUCUGAUGGUGGGCCUCUGCCGGCAGGGUUACGGCUGUGAAGUGUGCUCCUUCAUCUGUCACAUCUCCUGUAAAGACCACGCCCCCAUGGUCUGUCCAAUCCCGGCCGAGCAGGCCAAGAGGCUGCAGGGCAUCGACGUCCAUCGGGGCUUCGGCACGCCGUACAAGGGCUACGUUAGGAUCCCGAAGCCCAGCGGCGUGAAAAAGGGCUGGCAGCGAGCGUUCGCAGUGGUCUCCGACUGUAAACUGUUUCUCUACGACAUUCCAGAGGCCAAGUCGACUCAGCCGGGCGUGAUGGCCAGCCUGGUGCUUGACCUCAGGGAUGAAAAUUUGUCCGUCAGCUCCGUGUUGGAGUCCGAUGUAAUUCACGCCACCAGGAAGGACAUUCCCUGCAUCUUUAGGGUCACGACUUCGCAGCUGGUCUCGCAGUUCUCCUCGAUGUCUCUGCUCAUCCUGGCGGAGAACGAAACGGAGAAGAAGAAGUGGGUCCGGGUCCUGGAGAGUCUGCAGACUUUCUUGACCAAGAAUCAGCUGAAGAGCCAGCAGGUCCAUGUCCUGCACGAGGCCUACGAUGCCUCGCUGCCCUACAUCAAGACCACGCUGUGCGCCGUCGUGGUCGAUCGAGAGCGGAUCGCUCUGGGAACAGAAGACGGGCUGUUUGUGGUUGAGGUCACCAGAGACAUUAUCGUCCGAGCUGCCGACAGUAAGAAGGUUUGUCAGAUCGAACUCAUUCCCAAAGAGAAGAUCAUCGCUCUGCUCUGCGGUCGAAACCGCCAGGUCCACCUUCACCCCUGGGGAGUUCUGGAGGGCGCAGACUCCUCCUCUGACAGCAUCAAGCUGGGGGAGACCAAAAACUGUCAGGUCAUGACCACAGGCGUGCUCCGGCCUGGUGGCCCCGCCUGCCUGCUGGCUGCCGUCAAACGUCAGGUUCAGUGCUACGAGAUCAUUCGAUCGAAGCCGUACCAUAAGAAGCUGUGGGAGGUGCAGGCUCCGGACAUCGUGCAGUGGCUGGGGAUGCUCCGGGACCGGCUCUGUAUGGGUUACUCCUCCGGCUUCGCCCUGCUGGCCAUGCAGGGCGAGUCGUCCCCCAUCAGCCUGGUGAACCCGGCCGACCCGUCCCUGGCCUUCCUGGCCCAGCAGCCCAUGGACGCCCUGCAUGCCCUGGAGGUCGGCGCCAGCGAGGUUCUGCUCUGCUUUAGCAAACUUGGCAUCUACGUGGACGGACAGGGCCGCAGGUCCCGGACUCAGGAGCUUAUGUGGCCCGCCACGCUGCUCGCAUGCAGUUCUAACUCCUCUCACCUGACGGUCUACAGUGAAUACGGCGUUGAUGUUUUUGAUAUUCACACCACAGAGUGGGUCCAGACCAUCCCCCUCCGCAAGAUCCGACCGCUGAAUGUUGAAGGGACGUUGAACCUGCUGGGUUCAGAACCUCCUCGUCUGAUUUUCUUCAGCAACGCCUCGUCAGAGGGCGACCUCACCAUCCCAGAGACGAUGGACAACAGCAGGAAGUCGAUGGUUCGAACCCGCAGCAAAAGGAAGUUCCUCUUCAGCGUUCCUGAAGACGUGCGGCUUCAGCUGAUGAGGGAGAAGCUGAAGGAUCCAGAGUACCGGUCUCGAAUGAUUUCUAAUCCUACAAACUUUAACCACGUGGCUCACAUGGGACCAGGAGACGGGAUGCAGGUUCUGAUGGACCUCCCUCUGGUUGGUGAUCUCACCUCCUUCUCAUCCUCCCCAUCUCCCUCUCCCUCCUCUUCCUCCUCCUCCUCCCGUCACACCCUCAUCUCUCCCCCCUCCAACUUUGAGCACAUCUAUCACAUGACGUCGGCAUCGGCCGGCGCCUUCUUGCAGAAAGAGACCUCCUCUUCCUCCUCCUCCUCCCAGCAGAGCCUCCUGCAGCCUUCCUCCUCCUCCUCUUCUCCCUCCAUCUCCUCUUUGGGAAGGAGUGUGAUGCACUCCUCUCAGGAUGACCCCAUCAAAGAUAGGCCCCGCCCACUGUCCAGCAUCUCCAGGCAACACAAAAGCAAGUCUCUCAUCACUCGCACGGCUUCAGAUUUUGGGGGAGGAGCUUCAAUCCGCAGAGAUGAACUAGACCACGACUUGGACCGAGAGCCGGACUCGGACUCCACCAAGCACUCAACCCCCUCCAAUAGCUCCAACCCCAGCGGCCCCCCAAGCCCCAACUCCCCCCACCGCAGCCAGCUCACCUUGGACGGACUGGACACUGAACCCUGAGCCCGCCCCCCUGCACACACUUUAAGCCCCGCCCCCUCAGACUUGAGUUGAGAGGGGUGUGCUUUAUGAACAAAUCAGGCUGAAAACUGAGAGUUUUAACUUUUACUUUAAGGAUUUUAUUGUGACGGAGUGAGUUUGAGAUUACUGCUGCUUUUAUUCUGAUGGAUUUUACCUGCUGGGAAGCCCCGCCCUCUGGUUUUAACCCCUCCUCUUCCUUUUACUGAUGCCCGCUGUGUUAUCCAGAAUGACUAUGGGACCAGUCACUCUCAUUUCUUCACCUUCUGUAUUAAAAAAAAACUUUUCGUUAAGCUUCAGCGCCUGUUAGCCGCUGAGCUAACUGUGGCUAAUUCCUAAAAGACAAGAGGUCUCACUCUGGAAAAAAAAACACUAUUAAUUAUUUUAAAGUUUUGUUAAAGUUGCACAUCAUCAUAAUUAUCAUCGUUGUUGUUGUAGAGGAAAAAUAAUCUUUGAUUUAUAAGUGAUGAUCUGUAUUCUUCUCCCCCUUCCCACCUUUAUUCUGACUCCGCCCCCUGCUCCAGUGGAGGCAGGUGAGCGAUGUCGCACCUGAACACUGCUGCUUCUGUUUCUUCCAGAAUCACAAGUUUAAGAAAAUCUUUGUUAUUAUGAAACUGUUAGCAGCCAAAAACCGCAAUAAACGAACCUGAA